AGCAUAAUUGGAUUUGUUAAUAAGCAGUACAUUUAGACUGCUGGUUCUACUACUAAGGAACAUGGAAAACCAAAGAAUGAGGAAAAACAAAUGCCGUGGUCCUCCCUAAUUAGAUUAAAAUAGUUCUGUGAGUUAAUCUUCUUACAAAGUUACAGCAGUGGUCUCUUUAACAUCAUGUGACCUUCGGUGAAUUCUGUCCUCUGUUAGGUUUGUUCACAGAUGUACUUCUCUAAGUGCUUACAUUGUUUUAGUGAUUAAGAGGGUUUGAUAAAGUAGUUUAUGACAUGCUGAGGCCUACAUAUUUACAUUUGUCGGAUUGUUAUUUUAUUAAAUAUCCACAACAUCAAGCUCACUAGUGUGUGUGUGUGAGGCAAAAUAGGUCUUUCACAGGCAUGUAUAUUUGGUAUAGAAAUGAAAUAUCCUCCUAAAUGCAAAGAAACUUUUACUCAGUUUAGUAAUGCCAUGACAAUUAUAUGUAUUACGCUGACUAAUAUUUCCUUCUCGGCAAGUUUUACCUGUCCUGCACCUGUUUCCAUGAGUUAAAGCGCCUUCCUACCUGCUGCUCAUGUUCACAUGCUUAGCCCCGCCCCUUCAACGCUGUCUGACACCUGAUUGGACGCCCGGCGAGAUGAUUGACAGGAGUAUGGAGUACCUGGAAAUCAGUCCGGAGCGUAUCAGCUAGAGCGAUGUGGACUCUGAAGCGGGGUCGAAAAUAGUGAAACAUCCCCUGGAAUAUCGCUGAAUCUUCCGCUCCGAUAGACUAAAACAUCUAUAUACACCCGCUAGCUAUACUGGAUAUAUGAAAAGAAGACCUAGAGAGGAAUAAUUUCUAAAUUACUUUAUUUUUUUCGCCGGAACGCUACUAGAAAUAUCGGCCUUUCGCAGUCCCGAUGCUGUGGUGGUCGCGUGAAAGAAAAGGAUGACUGUUUGAUUUUUGUUUCAUCCCUCACCGCAUCGCCUUCCUCUGUUUUUCCUGUUUUGGACCUGCUAUGGUGGACUCGAAUGCGAUGAGGAAGACUUUUGUGGUCCCGGACAUAAAGCCAUUGGAUCAGUACGACUCGAGCAGAGCCAGAAUCUGCGCCAGUGUCGGGUGGCUGCUGGCGAAAUCCUACGGCAAUGCAGAGAAUGUUCCAGUGGAGCUGCGAGAGCCGUUCUACUGUGAUCAGUACGAGCAAGAACACCUAAAGCCUCCGGUCACGCGCCUGCUGCUGUCCCCCGAACUCUACUGUCGCACUUACGGCCUGCUGCUCGGCGGAAGCCCGGGGGCCGAGGGGCCCCCCAAAGACAUUCCAGCACUCCUACAGGUCCUGGGCAGGAAGGGCUUGGCACCCAAAGACCAGAAUGCCCCUGUGACAGAGGCCGAGCUCCGACAGAAGCCCAUCAAAAUGAGUGCCCACUUGGAGUUGAUAGAUGCCUUAAUGGCAGUGGGUGCCAUGGAGACGGUGAGCACAGUCUUGGCGAGUGGCGGAUCGGAGCUGCUGGGUACAGAUGCAACCUGGGACAGAGCCUUGCUUUACUGGGUGAACACACUGAAUCAAAAAUUGAAGGAACAAACAGAAGGUACACAAAACGAUGCAUCUCAGCCUAGUACUGAACCACAGCCUGUUCAGCCUUCGUGUCCCACCCGCUGGUACUGGAAACUUGUUCCUAUCCGGUACAGGAAGGACAGGAUGCAGUCUAAGCUUAAACCUUGUUUUCCUGUGGUGAAUGAAGUGAAGGAUCUCUCAAACGGAUGUGCCAUUGCUGCUGUUAUUCACUAUUACUGUCCUGGUCUACUGAGAUUAGAGGAUGUAUGUAUGAAGGACUCCAUGUCUGUGGCUGACAGCCUGUACAACCUACAGCUGAUUCGAGAGUUCUGUGACAGCUGUUUGAAGAGCUGCUGCCCUCUAGUGUUGGAGGAUUUACUCUACAGCCCAGCAAACCUAAAGACAAACAUACUAAGCUUUCUGGCAGAGCUCUUGUAUUGGUUUGAAGUCUCAAAGCCAGAGUUUGUUCAGCCCCUGCAAGAAACAGAGCUGACUGAAACCAGUAAUGGCAACAGUGGGUCCAGCAACAGCGGUUCUCCCUCUAUCUUCAAAAAGCCUUUCCUGCCCAUCUCUUCUCCUGUGACUGCAGCAACAGGAUCUCUGACUCAGUCUACCUCAAUGUCUCAUGUAGAGGCAGCAGGACGAACAUGGACUAAGAAACCUCUUAGCCGUCCACUGUCCUCUGCGGUGUCCUUCAGUAUCCCUUUUGGUCUGGACAGUGAUGUUGACAUUGUGAUGGGGAACCCUGUUAUAACUCGAUCUGUCAGCUCGGACAAUCUCAACCCUACUGGUCAAUCCAUGACCCGUGUCCCCUACACACCUCCAGAGGACCUCAGCCACUUCCUGAGUAAGCCCACUGGGCCCAAUGGCCCUCAAAGAGCUUCCUGGGCCACUCGGACUCGUCCAAUGUUAGCUGAGGAGAACGGCAUUGAUGAGAGUGAGACAGGAGAGCUACCAACAAUUGAAGAGGCACUGCAGAUCAUUCACAAUGAAGAGAAGAUGGAACCUCGUCUUCACCCUGACGGGGCACCCGAUGGUUUCUUUCUGCAUUCACCAGAUGAUCCAGCAAACGCUAGACACAAUGGCAGCCCAGCGACUCUCAGCUCUUCAGCCCCAUCUCGCUCAGGAAUGCUCUACCACCGAUCCUCAGGAGUCCCACCAGAGCCCAGCCGCACCAGACACCCCUCAGAAGGAUCCAGAGAUGACGACUCCGUGUUAAGAGAUGGAAGCGUAGAUUCUGAUGCCUCGGAAGAUCUUCCAAAAACCCACUCCACCCCUGCCACACCCGCUUCAGGCCCUCACAUAUCUCGAUCACGUGGUGAAGAGACACCUGAUAGCGGUGUGAAGAUGACCAAUUUCGCUGAACGGAAGAAGAAACUGGUUCCAGAGCAGGUACGAACCAAUGAGCCACAGGCCCCACAAAUGACUACAUGGGCAAAGAAAUCAGAGGAGAGUCCUAGUAAGAGUCCUGCUCUCAGCACUGAAAUGUCAGAACUGGGGGCGAGGCUGGAGGAGAAACGGAAGGCCAUUGAGGCUCAAAAGAAGCGUAUAGAAGCCAUCUUUGCCAAACACCGGCAACGGCUGGGAAAAAGUGCCUUCCUACAGUUAAAGAAGGAGCAGGAGGAUGGGGAUGGUGAGGAAGGACGUCAGGGGGAGGCUGGCACCUCGUCCAUAGAAGAUGACCUCAGCCGUUUGGCGCUGGAGGAGAAACUGGCACGCUUGGAGAGAGAGGAGCAGCAGGAGGAGCAACAGGAGGCACAGUUGAAAAAGAGGCCUUCGAUAGAAGAAGAGGGAAAUAUCAAGCCCACUGUCCAGCAGGACAUUCCAAUAGAGAAAGACAGAUCUGGAGUAGGAAUUCCUGGAGGGAAAGGCACGGCCCCACUGGGUGAUUACAACAACGCUGUAUCUAAACUAAGCGCUGCUCUCAAUUCUCUACAAAGUGAUAUGCAGCGCCUCUCGGACCAGCAGAACCAGCUGAUGAAGAAGAAGGCAGCUCCUAACAACCAAGCUUGGGUCAUCCCACCCACCUCCAAACCCUCAACAACUGCACCUUCUCGUUUGUCAAGAGAGUCCAAUCGUGACCUGCCCUCUACCUCCUCCUCUCCUUCCCCAUCUCGCAAGAUGUCAAGUCAGACCGCUCCCCCAAAAUCUCCUGCGUCCCACCGUAGGGCACAGUCUGCACCUCCGAAGAGCCCCAAACUGCCUCACCACCCUCGACCUGCAGAGCUCAAGACGCCCGUUUCCACACGAGUCAUAACUGCUGCUCAAAAUGUGGACAGCAUUCCUCACUUACGAAGAGUGUCUCCAUGGCAAUACAGGGACCAGAACUCGUCCACUUUCAACAUAGGUACACCCACUCAGAGUGAGUCCCGCUCAGCUUCAUCCCUGUCCAGACCAGAGGACAACUUCUCAGACACCGGUUCCAGUGAGGACCAUACAAUCUUCAGUAUGGAACUGGAGGGUGGAUCGUCACAAGUUUUGCCCCAUAGGGAGCGUCAGGGUGGUGGUGGCAGCUCGGGCGCUCCUUCCGAGUGCUCUUUUGAGAGUGACAUUCCUGCAGCGGGUUUCAACGGCAAGCGCAGUAGCCUUAUCGAGAUUUCACUGUCCUCUCUCAAAGCGUUAGAGGGUGAAGAUGCAGAUCAGAGCCAGGAUAUCUUCUCAGACUCAAUGAGCGACCAAACAGAGCCAGAAAUGAGGGGUGGAGUUGGAUUCUUCUUCAAGCAGGAUGAAGCUCGACCCGAGGAUGAGAUGGAGAAGAGAAGAGCUGCAUUACUUGAGAAACAACAAAAGAGAGCAGAAGAGAUAAAGAGAAGAAGACAGGAGCAAGAAAGAGAGAGGGGGGCAAGCAGCAGGUCAUCUUCAGUGGAUAGGUCCCAUAAAGGAGAGGAGAGACCCAAAACUCCUUCUACCCCUCCGCCUCCCCGCACCCCUCCACCAGAAGGCACUCCUCAGCGGCGUGGAGACUUCACCCGUCAGGAAUAUGAACGGCGACAUCAGUUGAAAAUAAUGGAGGAUCUGGAUAAAGUCCUCCGUCAGAAACCCACUACUGUCAGAGGCGUCAAAAAGCAGAGGCCCAAAACGGUGUUUAGAGACGACUCCGACCUCUCCCGCAGCCCUGCCAAAGGGUUUAUUGGUUCUAGACUAAAUAAAGUUUACUCCCAUUCAACAAUGAAUCUGUCCUCUAUGGCCAAUGAUAAUGGGACGCUAACUGUCAGAAAAUCUCCAAGUCGUUCUCAUUCACCAUCCAGACUGCUAUCUCCAGGCCGUCUUGCCGCACAGAAUGGGGAAUGGGACAAUGCGUCUACUAUUUCGUCUCCAGCCUCCAUCCCAGAAUACACUGGACCUAAACUCUACAAGGAGCCAAGCUUCAAGUCCAAUAAGUUCAUUAUCCAUAAUGCCAUCUCACGCUGUUGUUUGGCAGGAAAGGUCAACGAACCACAGAAAAACAAGAUUGUAGAGGAAUUAGAGAAAAGCUCUGCAAACCAUUUUCUCAUCCUGUUCCGGGACGCCAGCUGUCAGUUCCGAGCGGUUUAUACCAUGAACCCCGAGACGGAGGAGAUGGUUCGGCUCACAGGUAUAGGCCCGCGGAUUAUCAGUCCCGCUAUGGUAGAGUCGAUCUACAAGUACAGCUCUGACCGUAAGCAGUUCACGGUCCUCCCGUCCAAGACCAUGUCCAUGAGUGUGGAUGCCUUCACCAUUCCAGGCCACCUAUGGGAGCGCAAGCGCCCAGGAACCCCAAAGAAGCUCGGGACACCAAAAUAAACCCUGCUGGAAAUGCAACUACGCCUGAGCUGGCCCGGGUUUCUUUCCCGUCUCCGGCAGUGCCGCAGGACACAUUGGAGUCCAUUCCAGGAGAAAGAGUUGGAUAACAAAAAAAUAGGCCCUAAUACAGAAAAUCCUAAAAUAAAGUGCCCUCGGAGGUGUAUAGCUGGUAACAGUGCAAAGCCUCUCUGUGUAACUACAGGUCAAGUUACAAAGAUCUAUUCAGAAAUCUCCAUUGCCAUUUUCUUCAGGUAACUCAAGUGAACUCAAAAGUCAUAUUUCGAAGAAAAGAGCCUGAUUGAUUUUCUAAGAUCGUAGGAAAAUUAUUCUUGGCAUUUAAAUGUUAAAACUUUAGAUGAAUCUUCCAGUCUCAUCAAUGAAGUAAAAUGAAUGUCACCCACAAUAGAAAGAAAAAGAUCCUAAAAAAUGCUACUGUCCUUCAGACCCUUCCCUUCUUUACCCAAUGAACUGGAUCCUUUGACGUGUAAAAGGAUUCCCCAGUGAAAUUGGAUCUUUGCUCUUUGAUGAAUGUAGGGCACAAACCAACACAAGCCUUCUUAUCGUCUGUUUAUCGUCAUCAGCCUCUCAGUCUUAUGGGACUGAAUGUAGAACUGUAUUACAAAGGGGCACAGCCACUCACCUUUAUGUCAUGUCAUAAAAAGUCCCAUGCUGCUGUCCGUUUCGAGUCUGUCUUGCUCUCUAAUAAAACCGCCUUGUCCUUUCGCCUUCCUAAAGUGGAUGUUUGUUUUCUUACUGCUUCAAACCUUAUCUAACUGGAUCCCUCAAGCUUUAGGAACUCAGGAGAGCAUGUUAAAGACUCAAAUAUUUUUCCUUCCCAUUUGCUUUAAUUAAGAAUGAAUGAAAAAGCAAAAAGAUGCCAGAAAGUGCUGUUGAUUUCCAUUAAUGAUUCUCAACAAAAAAAAAAGAAAAAAAGAAAAAAAUGAAGGAAGUCUUUUUACUCUGUUUAGCUGUAACUGGAAGAAUAAUCAAGGCUGAUUUACUAUACUGUAUAUUUAAAUGCUGUUUAUUGCUGAUUCUUUCAUUUUUGACAAUGAUUUGUAUAUUGUGGAGAUUUGUAAGCAAUGAAUAAGCUACCCUGCUGCUUCCCUACUAGAGCUGGAUGUGUUGGUGUGAAUGAGUGUGUGAGCGGGACGGGGGACAGAAAGAGACAGAUGGCGAGAAACAAUAAACGCAAAUCUGAUAUCAAAUCUCACUUAUGUACCCAGAGCUGAGUGAACAAGUGCUAUUGUUUGACUGACAUGCAGCAGCAAAUAGUGAUGUACCCGUAGUGAACACCAACAGAUAGUGAUAUAAAACAAACACUAACAGAAAGUGAUAAAAGGCAGAGGAGCAGCCCUGGUGUCUGCAGCCUUAAACGGUUAUUAUGUUGUUUCUAUGAAUAUGAGCAUCUCCAAACUGUCUGACUUGGCCUUAUUUGUUUCAUGAAUGGCUUGAGCUGUCUUUUUGUAUAAAAGGGGCAUUUAGUCUGUUUCUCUUCAUCAAAGCACUAAAUAACUGAUUCAAUCAGGCCACUCUCUCCUGUCUUUGGAGAAUCAGAUGAAGUACUUUACAGAUUUGCCGUAAAGUUGUACAUAUUUUUGUAAAGAGCAAAAAAAAAAAAAAAUCAUUUUUGAAAUGGUUGAUUUAUAUGUUUUUGUGUCAAAUGAAUGGGAGAUGUGUAUUUGUGUGUAGGUUGCAUGUGUUUGACUGUUGGGUGAAACAUGAUGGUUUAAUGUAACUGGAUUCUGUGCAAUUCUGUAGAAUCUUAGGUCAUCUAAGGUGUAUUUAUUGGGUAAGGAUGAGCUAGUUUUUUUCUGUUUAGUCUCAGAUUUUAUUAUUUAUGUUCUGGCAAAUGUGGUGAUUCACUUGGUCAUUUCAGAAAGCACAUUGAUGUUUUGUAUUUUCCUUUUACUGUUUCCAUGUUCAUGUUGGUAGGUUUUGUUUUCUCCCAAAUUAUUUGAUUAUGGAUCAAUCCCAAGUGACAGGAUUAGAAAAAUAAACUUAUUUUUAUGUACUCUCAA